AGGAGGUGAGGCACUUCCGGUUGCAGUCUCCGUGGCCGGAUGACGUGGCUGAGCGGCCGCUGAGAAGGCGGCGGGUGUAGCAGGACUCGGGGUUUCCAGUUCCAGCAGCAGCCGGAGGAGGAGGGCGGAGAGAGGAGACAUUACUGAAGCAGCCGCCGCCGACACAUCCCCCCCCCCCCGCCUUCCGCUGUUUAUCCCGAGCCGCCAGGACACGAUGAGGCCGCUGACGGUGCUGCUGCUGUGCGUGUCCGCGCUGUGUGUGACGGCGGACGAACAUGAGCACACGUAUAAUGACAAAGAAGAAGUUGUAUUGUGGAUGAACACCGUGGGCCCGUACCACAAUCGGCAAGAGACAUACAAGUACUUCUCUCUGCCUUUCUGUGAGGGAACCAAGAAAAGUAUUAGCCAUUACCAUGAAACUUUAGGUGAAGCUCUUCAAGGAGUGGAGUUGGAGUUUAGCGGGUUAGAUAUUACAUUCAAGGAUGAUAUCAUGCAAACAACUUAUUGUGAAAUAGAUUUGGACAAAGCCAAGAAAGAUGCAUUUGUAUAUGCAAUCAAAAACCACUAUUGGUAUCAAAUGUACAUCGACGAUUUACCAAUUUGGGGUAUUGUUGGAGAGGCUGAUGAAAAUGGAGAAGAUUACUAUCUUUGGACAUACAAAAAGCUGGAAAUAGGUUACAAUGGUAACCGCAUUGUGGAUGUAAAUCUAACCAGUGAAGGGAAAGUCAAACUUGUUCCAAACACAAAAGUACAGAUGUCCUACUCUGUUAAAUGGAAGAAAUCAGAUGUCCGAUUUGAAGACAGAUUUGACAAAUACCUUGAUCCUUCCUUCUUUCAACACAGAAUACAUUGGUUUUCUAUCUUCAAUUCUUUUAUGAUGGUUAUUUUCCUGGUGGGCUUGGUUUCCAUGAUUCUCAUGAGGACUUUAAGGAAAGAUUAUGCUCGGUACAGUAAGGAAGAAGAGAUGGAUGACAUGGACAGAGAUCUUGGUGAUGAGUACGGUUGGAAGCAGGUUCAUGGAGAUGUGUUUAGACCAUCAAGUCAUCCUCUUAUCUUCUCAUCAUUGAUUGGUUCAGGAUGCCAGAUCUUUUCAGUAUCCCUUAUUGUAAUUAUUGUUGCCAUGAUAGAGGACUUAUACACAGAGCGAGGAUCUAUGCUCAGUACAGCUAUAUUUGUGUAUGCUGCAACAUCUCCUGUAAAUGGAUAUUUUGGAGGAAGCCUUUAUGCCAGACAAGGAGGACGUCGGUGGAUAAAACAAAUGUUCAUUGGAGCUUUUCUAAUCCCAGCCAUGGUUUGUGGGACUGCAUUUUUCAUCAACUUUAUUGCUAUGUAUUAUCAUGCAUCAAGAGCCAUCCCAUUUGGAACAAUGGUUGCUGUGUGCUGUAUUUGUCUGUUUGUGAUACUUCCAUUGAACCUGGUAGGCACAAUUCUUGGCCGGAAUUUGGCAGGGCAACCCAACUUUCCUUGUCGUGUCAAUGCAGUUCCUCGUCCUAUACCAGAGAAAAAAUGGUUUAUGGAGCCAGCUGUUAUCGUUUGUUUGGGUGGAAUUUUACCUUUCGGAUCCAUUUUUAUUGAAAUGUAUUUCAUUUUCACUUCAUUCUGGGCGUACAAGAUCUACUAUGUCUAUGGCUUCAUGAUGCUGGUGCUAGUUAUCCUCUGCAUUGUGACUGUUUGUGUAACCAUCGUAUGUACAUACUUCCUACUAAAUGCUGAGGAUUAUAGGUGGCAAUGGACAAGCUUCCUUUCUGCUGCUUCAACUGCAAUCUAUGUUUACAUGUAUUCAUUUUACUACUACUUUUUCAAAACUAAGAUGUAUGGAUUGUUUCAAACAUCGUUUUACUUUGGAUAUAUGGCAGUAUUUAGUACAGCCUUGGGAAUUAUGUGUGGAGCAAUUGGUUACAUGGGAACAAGUGCCUUUGUCCGGAAAAUUUACACUAAUGUGAAAAUUGACUGAAGAAUCCAUCAGGAAUGGGAGCUGUGGACAAGUUACUACAUUUUUUCUGGGGCGGGGGGUUUCAAACAUGCACAUGAGUGCCAGAAGAGAUUGGGUUUUAACACUGAGUACUGUGUUGGUCUCCGUUUAUGUGGAUGGCUUAAAACGGCAUCUAUUUCAUUGAUCCUAGGUUCUUACUGACUGCUUUCUCCAACUGUUCACAGCAAAUGCUCGGAUAAUAUGCAGUAAGCAUUACUACAGUACAUGGCUAAUCUUCCCAAAAACUAGCUCAUUAAAGAUGAAUAGACUAGCUCUCUUCAGUGAAGAGGACAAACAGUUUAUUUAAAGCAUUUGUUCCAUUAAAUAAAAAGAGGGAAACUUGGCUGCUCAAACUAGUUGAUUAGUAGUCUUCUUGGUACCUUCUAAAGGCUAUAGGAAUGCUGUUUCAUGAAACUUCCUUUAGUUUUUGUUGCCACUUUAAAUAUGUACGUUUAUAUUUUGACUGUGGUGUCCAUUGAUUUGCAGUGUCAAACACACCUGCACCUUUUCUUUGUUUAGAAGUUUUAAAAACAAAAAAAAUAUUAAAAACAAUCCUAUAUGUAGUAUAACAAUGUUCUGUAUCUUUGGACCAAUUUCCAACGUAUUUAUCUCUGAAAUAAUCAAUUGAAAUGGCAAUUUAAGAAUCCAUCCAAAGUAGGCUGAAAACCGGUGUUCUCGGCACUGCAAUUUACUGUAUAGCUAAGAAAGGAAAAAAAAAAUGUUAAAUGGAUUUUGUUUUUAUAACUGUUUCUGGGUCUAGAUUAAAAAAAAAAAAUAACAUAAACAAAGCUUUUAACUAAAUUCUUAUAUUACACCCAUUCUUCCCAAUUAAUAGUUUGUUUCUAUGUUUUGAAAUAAGUCUUUAUUUUCUUUGUUUUGGGGUGUGAAUGAAGGCUUUUCUUAAAAUGUAAAAGGGGAAAUAAGUGUAAAUAACAUUAAAUAAUGUAACUUAGGUUUAGAUCCCAAAUGUAUUUGGAUGUACAGGUUUAUUACGGAGUACUUUUUUCUGACAAUGAUUCGAUGUACAAAUUCUGUGGUGUCUGGUGGCUUUUUACAUCUUGCCUGCCAUUGCAUGAGACAUUGGUUUUUUUCUUCAUAAUGUGUGCGUGUCAGGUUUAAUUAUUUUUUUAUUUUUUAUUUUGGAUUUCUUUUUAUUUUUUAUUAUUUCCUUCUGAUGCUCUUACAGAAAAAAAGUCAAAUUUGUAAUUUAGAACAUUUAAUUUUUGUUAAUCCUGACUGGACACUUGUGUAACAUCUGAAGCAUUGUGGCUUUGGAGUGUUCAGAGAACUGAAAUAAAAUUUUCAGACAAAA